AUGCCAAAGAAGAAGAAGCCUAAGCGUGGUCUCUCUGGCAAGAGCGCCUCGUCCUCCCCUUCUUCCUCCGAUUCAACUCAAUCUUCUGGCGCAACUAAGCAAGCUUCUGGAAAGAUUCUAGCUGGUUCGUCUCCGAUUAAGCUUGACCUCGCAGCCGCUAUUGCAGACGGCUCGGUUGACCUUCAAAUCUCGGAUCUGGAUCUGGCUCUGGAAUCUAGGGUUACAGAGCAAAACACAAUUGAUGUCACCAAGCAGGCUUCAGACAAGACUUCUGCUACUGAUGCAUCGAAGCAGCUUGACCUCGCAGCCACUAAUGUUGUUGGCUCGGUUGACCUCCCAAAUACGGACCUGUCACAGGAGCCUCAGGCUUCAGAACAGAACUCACCCGAAGUAAUCGAGACUCCCACCAAGGAUUCGCGCUCGAGUUUAUCAAUUCCAGCGGUAGCACAAGCUAGUGCAGGACUGGAAACACCAUCUGCGCAAGCUGCCAUCGCGGCGAACCCAGAGAAUGAAACAGCGGUCGCUCGCUCCGAGCCUCCACAUGCUACAGCUACUGCUAACUCGACACCGUCCCCGGUUAACAAACCCACUGACCAAUGGGUUGGCUUGUUCAAAGGAAAAGGAAAAAAAUUGGAGAAGAAGGGUACUCCUUUUGCUCUUCCUUCGGGUGAAAUGUGUAUCAAGAUCCCAAACUCUAUCAUCGAAAAGAACAAAAAAUCUUGGGAAGCUUUUGUUAUUGGUCAGUUCUAUUCAGAUCCACCUGCGCAAAGUCUCAUUCACACCAUUGUAAAUGGAAUUUGGAGCAAACAGUACAAGGAUAUUACUGUUUCUAAGCUUGAAGGCAAUGCUUUCCUGUUUCGCAUUCCCAACGUAGGCACUCGGAACCAUGUUAUCAAUCAACGGUUAUGGCAAAUCGAAGGCCAAACAAUGUUUGUUGCUCAUUGGGAACCUGGAAACCUGCCUGAGAAACCAGCCCUUUCUUCUGCUCCCAUCUGGCUCGAGCUUCGGAACGUUCCCCUUCAGUUCUUCAACGAGGAUGGGUUAGAAAGGAUUGCUGGCCUGGUUGGACAUCCCAAAUAUCUCCACCCUGCGACGGCAAAUAAAACAAAUUUAGAAGUGGCUAAAGUGCUAACCCUCAUCGACCCAAGGAAGCCUCUACCGGAAGCGGUUAAUGUGCAGUUCGAGUCUGGUGACAUCAGUAGAGUGACGGUUUCCAGUCCAUGGAUGCCGCCUGUCUGUUCCCAUUGCAAGGAGAUUGGUCACAGCAUUAAGCGCUGCCCGUCUGCUCCCAUUACUUGCACCACCUGCAAAUCAACCUCUCACUCCACUGAAGUUUGCACUCGAACUCGGGGACCUGACAUGAAGAAGGCUAAGCGUCCCAGGCGUCAUGCCUCCAACUCAAAGCAUGCAGAUCCUCCUAGAGGAAAAUCAGUCCCUCCUCGCCAUGACAUCUCUCUAACCGGUGAUGACUCUAUAGGACAGCCUCCAGACCCUGAUAAGGGAAAAGGAAUUGCUACCUCAGAUCACCCACCUAAUAAAACCGCUUCUGCUAAAUCUCCAGCUAUAGCCAAGGGUAACGCAAAUCAGGCUGGAACAAGCAAGGCUAAUGGUCAUACUUCGGUCUCUGAAGUCGAAUCCGAUUCUGAUGACAUUCCCUCUUCUGAUUCUGAUGUCGAAGAAGGACAAUACAUCCCAGUGAAAACAAGACACAGGACCAGGUUUGGUCGGGACAGAGCAACGGAAGCAGCAGAAGCUAGUCAACGCUGUGUUACCGGGCUGAUGAUUUCCUGCGAGGUUCAGCUCCCUAGCUCGACCACUCCUAUGGUUGUCUCUUUUGUUUACGCUUCUACAGAUGAUCCUGUCCGAAAACACCUUUGGGAUGAGUUAAUCACUCUUUCUAAUGAUCAGCGACUGUCAGGGAAGCCGUGGGCUGUGCUUGGAGAUUUCAAUCAGCCGAUCGCAAAGAAGCUUGACAGGAUUAUUGUUAAUGAAGAAUGGUUUCUGGCUUUCCCUUUAUCUCUGGCUUUCUUUGGGGAGCCAGCAUUCUCGGAUCAUGCCUCCUUGAGUCUAUCUCUCCAGUCCGGGGACCCAAGGCAGAAGAAACCCUUCCGGUUCUUCAACUAUCUCCUGAAAAAUGAGGACUUCCUUCCGCUUGUAGCUGAUCAUUGGUUCUCGUUUCCGGUCUCUGGCCAUUUUAUGUUUAGAGUGGUCAAAAAGCUUAAGAGUUUGAAGAAGAUAAUCAGAGAGUUUAGCAAGAAUAAUUAUUCUGACAUCGAAAAAAGAGUCAAAGAAGCUGCAGAUGCCUUAGCCAUUGCUCAAGUUCGCACCUUAAACGAUCCUUCAGUUGUCAAUGCUGCCUUAGAGCUGAAUCUCCAGGAGAAGUGGUUAACGCUGUCCAUGGCUGAGGAAUCAUUCUUUUAUCAACGGUCUAGAGUUACCUGGUUGCAAGUUGGAGACCGUAAUACACCGUACUUCCACCGUAUGGCAAACUCAAGGCAAGCCAUGAACCAUAUUCAUUACCUUGAGGAUGCAACUGGGCAGAGAUUUGAGUCUCAGGCGGACAUUCAGAAUCACUGUAUUGACUAUUUUUCUCAUCUCCUUGGAAAAUCUGUUGACCCGCCUUUGUUCACCCAAGAUGACAUUUCAAGCCUAUUUCAGUUUACCUGCUCAGCUGUUCAGAAAAACUCUAUGGUUAUACCUUUCUCGGCUGAGGAAAUAAGAGCAGCUUUUUUCUCUCUGCCUCGGAAUAAAGCUAGUGGCCCAGAUGGUUACUCCCCUGAGUUCUUUAUGAGUGCUUGGCCUAUUGUGGGAGGUGAGGUUAUCGCAGCAGUCUCAGAGUUUUUCUCUUCGGGAUCCUUGCUGAAGCAGCUAAACGCUACCAACCUGGUCCUCAUUCCUAAAAUCCCUAACGCCUCUAAGACAGCGGAUUUUCGGCCAAUAUCAUGCUUGAAUACCAUCUACAAGGUGAUCUCAAAGCUUCUCUCUGAUAGGCUGAAGCAAAUCAUUAGCUUGGCAGUUGGACACUCUCAGUCUGCUUUCAUACCAGGGCGUCUUCUUUCUGAAAACGUACUUCUCGCUACGGAAAUCAUCCAUGGUUACAAUACCAACGCUGUUGAGCCGAGUGGAAUGCUGAAAGUAGAUUUAAAGAAGGCCUUUGAUUCUAUAAGAUGGGAUUUUGUUGUGGCCUCUCUGAAGGCAGUAGAAGUCCCGGACAAGUUUAUCAACUGGAUCUACACUUGUAUUAGCACCGCGUCCUUUUCUAUCUGUGUAAACGGACAUACGGGAGGAUAUUUCAGGAGCACCCAAGGUUUGAGGCAAGGGGACCCCCUCUCUCCAUAUCUUUUCGUGCUGGCUAUGGAAGCAUUUUCAGGUCUACUACGAGUUCGCUACAACUCGGGAUAUAUCCGUUACCAUCCUCAUACCGAGGAGCUGGAAAUAUCACAUCUUAUGUUUGCAGACGAUGUGAUGAUUUUUUUCGACGGUAGUGGCUCUUCUCUCCAUGGUAUAAAUGAAACUCUUGAAGACUUUGCUGGCUGGUCAGGUCUUUAUAUGAACAGAGACAAGACUCAGUUAUUUCAUGCCGGUUUGACACAGGCAGAAACAAAUGAGCUUUCCGCCUAUGGUUUCUCUACUGGCUCGCUACCUAUACGCUAUUUAGGCCUCCCGCUUAUGCACCGUAAGUUAAAGAUCUCAGAAUACUCACCCCUUAUUGAUAAGCUUAACGGCAAAUUCAACUUUUGGGCAACAAAGUCACUGUCUUUCGCGGGCCGUGCGCUGCUCCUAAAGACAGUCAUUACAGGAAUGGUGGUUUUUUGGAUCUCUACUUUCUCUCUGCCUAAAGGCUGCAUUCGCAGGAUCGAGUCUCUAUGCUCGCGAUUUCUCUGGUCAGGUUCUACAGAUAGGCGAGCUCAAGCUAAGGUCUCUUGGAAGAUUGUGUGUUUGCCCAAAGAUGAAGGGGGCAUUGGUCUCAGAAGCUUCAGAUGUUGGAAUACUACCCUUCUCUUGCGCUUUAUCUGGCUCCUCUUCUCUGGAAGUGACUCCCUUUGGGUGGCUUGGCAUAAAAUGCACCACUGCAGAACAUCUUACCACUUCUGGGUUCAGCAAGAAUCUCCUACGCAAACUUGGAGCUGGCGCUGUCUUCUGCGGCUUAGAGAUCUAGCAUCAAGAUUCUUGUUCAGUGAGAUUAAGAAUGGUCAAGACACAAGCUUCUGGUUCGACAUAUGGACCCCCCUGGGCCCACUGAUAAAUGUCUUUGGCCAGACAGGAACCCGCAGACUCAGGACUCCAAUCGCAGCUUCUGUAGCUGAUGCUUGCAACGCUAGCGGCUGGAGACUUCCCCAUCCCAGAUCAGAUGACGAAGUCACUCUUCACACAUACCUGUCCACACUAGCAAUGCCCUCGAUGGAACUCGGACCGGACUCAUUUAGAUGGGUCACAGGACCAGUCUCCAGCAGCUCUUACUCCUCUUCCAAGACUUGGGAGGUUCUCCGACCUAGGGACGCAAUCCAACGCAGGACAAAGCGCAUCUGGUUCCCUGGCGCGACACCGAAACAUGCUUUCCAUCUGUGGGUAACAAACUUAAACCGGCUUCCAACCCGGGAUAGAUUGUUGUCUUGGGGAAUGCAGGUAUCUCCAAGUUGCUGCAUAUGCUCAACUCACCCUGAGUCAAGGGAUCACCUGAUGCUUUCUUGUUCCUAUGUCUUGAUACUAUGGGCUGAGGUUCGGGUCAGGCUUCGGUGCACUGUUCCCACAUUCAACACCUGGUCUGAGCUUAUGGAGUGGACGUGUUUGUCUACUGCAGGAGCACCCUCUGUUUUAAAGAUGCUUGUAACCCAAGCUUUGGUUUAUUCUGUUUGGAGGCAGCGAAACAACAUGUUGCACAAUCAGUCUCUCUCUCCUCCGCUCGUUGAGUUUAAGGACGUCAACAGGCAGGUUAUUAACUCAAUCAAUGCACAGAGGAACAAGAAGAAUUUCAAGGACCUCAUGUGUAGAUGGCUUAUCUGA